CACAGAAAGGGAGAAAGCUGUUGCAUGAGAAAGGAUAAAACAGCUUAAGGCUAUAACCACCGAAGGAAGUAGAGGGUUUCAAAUGCUGCAACUGUAGUGGUGUCUAGGUUUUGAGUUAGUGUCUGGUCUUCCUCAACAAUUCAUGGGAAGAGUAGGCCACUAAGAUGGGGACUUACAAAAGCCAGUCUGAUUGUCUGCUGAUGCCAGCCAAUAGAAUUUGUCUUAGAGAAGAGAAGUUUGUCUUUCUUUAUGCUCUCUAUAGGGCUUAAGUACCUCCCUCUGGACUGCAGAGAGAUACUUUGCUGCACUCUGGCUUCACAGCUGUGAAUAAUCUUUUAAAGGCUAAGUUUCCUGAGUGAUCCUGUUUAAACAAGCCUGAGGACUGCAGACAGGUCUGGAAACCUGUUUAGUUUUGUUGGAAGUCUUUUCAGCCACAAACAGAAACAAAGCCUUUUGGGUUCAACCAGAACAGAAGGGUAAAGCAUUUAAUAUGGCAUAUUGUACGAUUGCUCCAGUCAUGAAAAUGCUGAAUCUCAUCUGGUAUAAGAUGCUGAUUUCUGUUAGCCUGGCAAGUGGAGAACCAACAGGUACUGCUCGUCUUAUGGCACCCAGUGACCUGAGAGUUUCAAAACACUGGCCUGGAGUAAUUCUAUCCUGGAACAGCAAUGUGAGGGAAGAAAUGGAGAUGAAUGAUGUGAAAUAUGUUUUGACUUAUACAUUUCUCAAUUCAACGAAAGAAGUGAAAGAAAGAUGUUCAGAAACGGAAAAGAAGAUAAGUCUCAAUUUAUAUCCUGGCUUUGUUGCUAAAGUUAAAACACAGCUUCUCUUGAGUGGAACAAGGAACAUUAUUAUGGAGAGUAACUGGACUGAGUUUAUUUACACAACUCCUGUGUAUAUUCAAAAUCUCUCAUGUGUCAUAUACAACAUUUCUAAUUUAAAUUGUACGUGGGAUAUUAAAACAGAAGCUCCUGAAGAUGUUCAGUAUUUUCUUUCCUAUAGGCACAAUAAAAGAGAUUAUGAAUGCCAGCUACAUUUUAAAAAUAUAAACAAGAAAAACACUGGUUGCCACUUCAAAGAAGUAUAUUUUAUACCUCCAAGCAAAAUCAAAUUAAAUAUAUCUGUAAAGGAUUUAAGAAAUAAUUUAGGAACACAUACCUAUUACAAAGCCUUUAUCCCUCAGAGAAUAGAAAAACUGAACCCUCCAAAUAAUGUGUCUAUUGCCCUUGAAAAUGGAAGCAUUCGUAUUUCCUGGAAACAUCCACCUAAUAUUGGUUCCUCAAAGAGGUCCUGCUUUAUAUACCAGGUGAAAAUUAGAGAUCUAAAGGGCAAGAUGGUUUUCCUUGAAGUAAGAUGUCCUUCUCUCACAAGACGUCACCAUGUAGCCCUGUCUUAG